AUGUCGAUCGUACCUCAGGGCGAGGUGGCGUGGGAGAGCGGCGGUGGGUCGUUCCUGUACUCGCAGUUGAUGACGACGAACUACACGAGCUGGGUGAUUCGCAUGCAGGCGAUGAUGAAAGAUCAAGGUGUCUGGGAGGCAGUCGCGCCAGCGGUCGGUGAGGCCGUCCACGAGAAAAAGGACAAGAAGGCGAGAUCACAUCUCUUCCAAGCGCUCAUGGAGGAUCUCCUGAUCAUUUUAUCAGUGUCAUCAACUGUUUGUUUCACCCCUUUGAACAUGAGUUCGGAGAAUAACAAGGACAAGGAGGUCUCUCUGCCGACGCCGGUGGUAGCUGUGCCUCUGUCAAUGGUCCCGCCGGCAAACCUUCCCGUACCCCAGCAACUUGGUAACAACCGCAGCCUCUAUCUCAAAGGUAUCAUGCAGCACUGCGUUGCGGCGUUGGCCAUGGGCAACAUCGUGGCGGCGAACAUAGCGCUACAGGCAAUGUCGACCGUCGCGUCCGCCGACGGCGACUCCUUGCAGCCCGUGGCCUUCGCAUUCGCCGAGGCGCUCGCGCGUCGCGUGAUGCAACCGCUGCUGGGCCUAUCCUGGGCGCUCCAGCUCCAGGUCCCGCGGCCGCCCACGCCGGCGCACACUGACGCCGCGCAACAGAACUUCUUCAAGCUGUGCCCGCUCAUCCGACUAGCAGCCACGGCGGCGAACCUCGCCAUCCUCGAGGCCAUGGAGGCCGAGUGCCACGUCCAUGUCGUCGACCUCGGCGGCGCCAACCCAAACCAGUGGCUCCAUCUGCUCCGCCUCUUCGCCGCGCGUUCUGGGGGCCCGCCCUCCAUGCGCCUCACCGUCGUCAACGAGCAGGACGAAUUCCUCUCCCGCGCCGCCGGGCUCCUCACGCAGGAGGCCGUGCGUCUGCACGUCCCCUUCGUGUUUAACCCGGUGCGAUCACACAUUGAUCGGUUCUUUGCUCCCAGUGUUGCUGCCCUCCGUGUCGAGCACAACCAGGCCCUGGUGAUCACGUCCACGCUGCAGCUCCACCGCUUGAUCGCCGACGUGGUUACCAUCGAGCUACCAGCCAAGAAAGGAAAGAAGAAGAAGCCGGAGCAGACUACCACUACCCUGCAUCAGAUAACAAAGGCAGAUGCGCUCCUCCGCGUCCUUUGUGACCUGUCGCCGAAGCUGAUGGUGCUGACGGAGCAGGAGGCCGACCACAACUGUGCCGUCCUCUGGGACCGCGCCCGGAACGCCUUCGACUACUACGCGGAGCUGUUCCGCGACCUGGAGGCUGGUGGAGCUACGACUACGAGUGGGUCGUUGGUGCUGCUCAGGGAGGAGAUCAUGGACAUUGUCGCCGGUGAUGGCGUGUCACGGCGGGAGCGCCAUGAGAAGAUGGUGCGCUGGACGCUGCGGAUGAGAGAGGCUGGGUUCGAGCCCGCGCAGAUGAGCGUCAACGCGUUCGUGCAGACGUUGAGGCUGGCACAACAGCUGUCGAGCGAUGGCAAGCUGACGAUGUAUGGGGCACGGAAGGCCAACGGGUGCUUCUUCCUCUACUCGCGCGCGAUCCCGAUGUUCUCGGUGUCAGCAUGGCGGCCGGCGAGGAGGACCAGCGAGUGA